UGAAAGAUUUUUCAUCAGCAGAUUUAUCAAAUUCAAUAAAUCACUUAUAUCACGCUCUAUCUCCCUUGAUAAAAACAUAUUGUAGCAUUGCUGAUAAAGGUGACUUAGGUCAGUUCAAUAAAUUUUUCGCACCACGGGUUUUCCAGCCGAAAAAUCACUCCCUCAAAUCAAAAGAAUAGAAGAUAACGCCAACAUUCAUAUAAAAGCAUCCAGCUGGUUUAAAUUUAAAUCAGUUUUGAGUAUUCCCACAUACAACAUGCGGAUUGUUAUUCUUCUCGCAGCAGCUUUAUCGCUGGCUGCAGCAGUUCCGGAUCGUCGAAUUGUGAACGGCAAUGAAGCAACGCCAGGACAGUUUCCGUACCAUGCAUUGCUGUAUACCGACUGGACCAACGGAAUGACUAUGGCGUGUGGAGGAGCGGUCAUCAGUGCCAAUUACGUAAUGACUGCGGCCCAUUGUCUGCAGCCUUCCACCGGAGGAAUCGUAAUUUUGGGAGCGCACAAUCGACUCGAUGAAGCGGAACCGUCACAGCAGAGAUUUACUUUCUCUGCGGAAGAUAUGACGUACCAUCCAGGUUUCACGUUUACGCACAUUCGCAAUAAUAUCGGAGUAGUUCGGAUCAGAGAAGGAAUUCAGCUCAACGAUCGUGUUCAACCAGUGCGGCUGCCGGCCCGUUCCGAUGGACGGACGUUCGCUGGAUUGAUGGGGACUGUUACUGGUUUUGGGGGAACUUCCGACGAACAUAAUGAAAUGUCUCCAGUUCUGCGUUAUGCUCUUAACCCCAUCCUGACUAAUGCUGACUGCCUGGAGGCCGCUGACAACAAUGUGAAUCUGAUCCAAGACCAAAAUAUCUGCCAGUCGGGAGCGAAUGGCCGCGGUUCCUGCAACAACGAUUCGGGUGGUCCGCUGACGGUGAUGCAUGAAGGUAGCAGUAUGCAGGUGGGAAUCGUUUCGUUUGGAUCAACAGUUUGCAAGGAUGGAACGCCGACCGGAUAUACUCGUGUGAGCUACUUCCUGGACUGGAUCGAAGAAAAUACAGACGUUGUGAUUGACCCUUGAUUAUCAAUAAAUAAAUGUACAUAUUAAUAAACAUAAAUUGUGUAAAUGUAACCCUGUAAGGCCGUUGCAAAUAU